AUGACAACUGAGGAACUUCUUCCAGAGAAAUAUCGUGACAAAGCAUCUGAGUAUCGCAAGGGCACUGAUACAAUGGAUGUUUGGUUCGACUCUGGCUCCUCAUGGGCUGCUGUUUCAGCAAAACGAGAUGGCCUUAAUUUCCCUGCAGAUGUAUACAUUGAAGGUUCAGACCAACAUCGUGGAUGGUUUCAGAGUUCGUUGUUAACCAGCAUCGCUACUACAGGAAAGGCUCCAUAUUCCAGUGUUAUUACCCACGGUUUCGUAUUGGACGAAGACGGUUUCAAAAUGAGCAAAUCUGUUGGUAAUGUGGUGGAUCCUGAGAAAGUGAUUGUUGGUGGGAAAAAUUCUAAGGAAGAGCCUCAUUAUGGAGCAGAUGUUCUCCGUCUAUGGGUUUCUAGUGUAGAUUGCACUGGAGAUGUGUUGAUUGGUUCACAAAUCUUACGCCAGAUGUCUGACAUGUAUAGGAAACUACGAGGCACAAUGCAUUUUCUGUUAGCAAAUCUCCAUGAUUGGAAACCGGAGAAUUCUGUGCCCUACAGUGAUCUGCCAAAAAUUGACCAGUAUGCACUUUUCCAACUGGAAAAUGUCGUGGCCUCCAUGAAGGAUGGUUAUGAUAAUUACCAGUUCUAUAAAAUAUAUCAGACCCUUCAGAGAUUCGCCAUCGUUGGUUUGUCCAAUUUCUAUUUUGAUGUUGCAAAAGACCGACUUUAUGUUGGUGGCCGAGUUAGCUACACGAGGAAAAGCUGCCAGACAGUACUUGCUGCACAUCUACUCUACCUUGUCAGGGCCAUUGCUCCGAUUAUGCCACACUUAGCAGAGGAUAUCUGGCAGAACUUGCCCUUUCAACACACCUUGGAAGAUGGAUCUGUUGCCAAGUUUGCUUUCGAUCUAAAAUGGCCAGAUAAGAAUGAAGAAUGGUGCUCAGUUCAAAAGGAUGAUGUUGAUUUUCUGAGUGUUAUCCUGGAGUUGAGAUCAGAGGUGAACAAGAUUUUGGAGAGCGCUAGAACAGGGAAGCUGAUAGGCGCUAGUUUGGAUGCAAAGGUUUAUCUCCAUGCUGAAAACCCUGAUACGGUAUCCAAACUGAAGGAGCUGGCUUCUGCAACCAAUGAUGCAGAUGCUCUUCAUCGCCUAUUUAUCACGUCUCAGGUGGAGAUUCUCCCGUCCCUGAGCGAAGAAACCAAAUUGGGUGUGUCCUAUGCGGGGAAGUUCAGCGACCCACGCACGGGAGAGAUCUGGAUCGGUGUGACUCGUGCGGAUGGCGUGAAAUGCAAGCGCUGCUGGGUUUACAGUUACACCAAGGACGUUGGGUCGUUCCUUGACCAUCCUACGCUAUGCUCGCGGUGCCACGGCGUCAUUGAUCUGCAACCGCAAGCAUCUCCUGCCGCCGCCGCCGUCGCUUGA